GUGGCAGAAUGUUAGUGGAGACGGCUUUGCCGUACACUUCGCCCCAGGCCGACCCUGUGUCAGUCACUAAAACAACACAAAGAUCACCUGAAAACUAAAACGGAAAGGAAAGCAAGCUGAAGCGAUGUACGAGUGCUGCCCCGUGUGUCUGGGCAGACUUCGUCGCCAGGUGAAGACGCCGUGCAAGCACACAUUCUGCAAGAUCUGUCUCUGCAAGGUCUACAAACAGAGCCCCGCCAAAGCUUGUCCCCUCUGCCGGGCCCCCUUGGAGUACUACAUCAGCAAGAGAAACAGCUCAGUGAUACUUGUCUUCUUUUAAAAGAGUCUAUCGUUAAAUUUAAAUGUGUUUCAAAGUUAAAUGGUUUCUGCUGUUCUGUUUCAUGUUUAAAUUAUUUAAUUUUGUUUAAUUUUAUACAUAUUCAAAUCAAAAGUAACAUAUUGCAAGCCAGGAUUUAAUAAUUCAAUAGUUGCGUGUUUAAAUUAUUUCAUUUUGUUUAAUUUUAUAAGUAUUCAAAUCAAAAGUAACAUAUUGCAAGCCAGGAUUUAAUAAUUCAAUAGCUUAAAGUGCAAUGCUAUUAACUCCCAAGAUACCCAAAAACAGGGGAAUUCCGAUCAAAUUGCUUGACUGGGGGCUUCAGGGUCCUAUUCAGUAAAGUACAACAAUCGAUUGGAGACUAGUCCUCGUCCUCGUCCUUUUCCUUUCCAUUUUUUUGCCUUUCUCGCACAAAUAUUCCAUGCACAUAUUGCAAUAUUGAAUGCUCUGCCUGCGGCGCUUCAAGAAGCAGGGACAUGACGCGGAAUGAGCAGAGGGAUACGCCCCCUUUGAGCCUAGGAUAUAUAUGAUGAUGAUGAUGAUGAUGGUGGUGCAGAUAUAGCACUCGCACAUUCCCACAUAAAAAGCGAGCUGAACUAUGUAUAGGGGAAAUAGAAUGAAACUCACAAUGGCAAGCAAAGGAUUUCAAUCGCUAUGCGGUUCGAGUAGCGCGGCUGCACUCACAUAUAUAUGUAUGUACAUAUCUUUACAUCCAUGUGCAUUAUGCUUCAUUAUGACGGGGCAAGGCCAGCGGAAUAGUGGACAGGCAUUGCGCAUACGCCGCGUUGUAUGAGUGCUCAUCGAUGCGGAAUCAGAGCAGUAGUGAAAAAUCGCAGCCGUAAAUCGAAUAAAACUGCAGCCAGGACCCAUAUAUUCUUUUUUCCAAACUGCACUUAAUUGAGGCGGCAAAUUAAAUUUGUGCCCAACUGGGUCAUGAGAUUAAAGAAGCAUAUGUCGAGCCGCAGCGAGCAUACGCCAUGUUGGCCAGCCCAAUUAGGAAGCCAACUCGAUGGGCAUAUCGCCAAAGUUAUACCGCUUCGGUAUAUGGAACGACAAUGACUAUCGCUAUGGAGCUUAUCAUUAGCAAUGGGCCAGACUUCCAGUGGAGCACUCCUUCUUCGCUUUUUCUCUACUUUCUCCCAGGGCUUUCCUUUUCUGAUUUAUGUCCUCGUCAUUGGGUAAAAGGAUGCUGAGGGGUUGAGAGGCGAGGGGCUGGCAUCUACGCAGUUUUGCUAACCUGACAGCGGCGGCAACAGUUUCCGGUCUUAUUUAUGGCUCCAAGGAUUCCCAGUUGGGCAUUGCAUAACUCAGCACGAGCAAACCGAUAAGUGGUCGGACAUUCACUUGAGAGAUGGUUUCUUAAAGUAGUCCACGGACAUUUCCGGCGGAAUUACCUUACUCAGUGAAACCUUGCCAAGUGCGAAUCAUAAAUUUCCAUCUACUUUAAUUAUGUAUGUGAUUUUUCCCGUGAAAAGUUUUAAUUAUAAAAGUUCGGGCCAACACUGCGGCAAACACAUAGAACAAGAAAUACGACAUGCCGCAAUGCCAGAAAUCAGUGGAAACAAAGGAGUGAAGUGAAUUUUCUAUAGCCCAGGCUGACCUCCAUUCUUCAGACAUCUUCAUCAUAAAUCCGGAGGGUAAACAAGGCCAGCAAAAACUAAUUAAUUGGCUUUCCAGGCGCCGUCAAUCGAUUUUUGUAAUCGACUCUGUAAUUUGUCAAAGGAGUGCAUAUGAAAUUUCCUAAACUCUUGAUUGAAAUUAAAUUUUAUUCAUAGCUA